UUGCGUACGAUUGUACCCGAGCUCUUCGACAAGUCUACGCUUCCAAUAAAUGAGACACAAAGCGCAAGCAGCAGGCGUGGAGCACGCCUUCCACGCACCGCCCGAAUCCUUGUUAUUUAAUCUUAAAAAAAACGGCUCUUGAACCCAGUUUAGAGCCAAUACAUUGUUACAUGAACCGACGGGCUCUCGAAAUUUCCACAACGGUCGGGAAACAGAUCGGCCCGCAACGGAAUAUUCUGGGGUGGAUGCCGUCGGUGGCCGUCCGGACUCCGGAGUCGCUCCAAAUGGCGUCGGACCGGCCGGAUAGCGUCGCUCACACUAUGUCCGUGGAGGCAACUCAACUCCUCUAAAUAAUCCUUCAACGUCCGUCGGACCUGCAACGUGGGCUAAUCCCGAGCCGCUGGUUUCCUUGGCUGAGCUCCUCGGAAUCUGUGCUUCUGAUGCUUUGGUGGUUGCUUUGAUCUGGGUGUCAUUACCAUAUCUGUUGCUAAAUGUUGGGUGUGUGUACUUUGGAGUGAGCUGAAAGGUCCUGGUAACAUGGAAGGGAAUCAUGGGUUGUUUAUGAGGAACCUACUUAAAGUUGGUCGCAUGAUAUGAUGUUCUGGCCUGACCUCAUGUUAUGCUUGAUAAGAACAUUAUCUCUUGUAUAAACCUAAGUCGUGCCAACAUGGUUUCUCAUGAUCAGCAAAUGGAAAUGAAUGUUGAAACUUCAGGCUUGAAGGGUGAAGUGAACAACCCAUGUAACCCUGGGUUGGCCUCAAGGCAGCGAUUGCGUUGGACGCCUGAGCUUCAUGAACGUUUUGUAGAAGCUGUUACACAACUUGGUGGAUCAGAAAGAGCCACUCCUAAAGGUGUCCUUAGGGUCAUGGGUGUACAAGGCUUAACUAUAUACCAUGUCAAAAGUCACUUACAGAAGUAUCGGCUUGCAAAGUACAUUCCAGAGUCUUCAUCUGAUGGUACUAAGUCUGAAAAGAAAGAACCUGGGGACCUACUUUCAACCAUUUAUAAUUCAUCUGGAAUGGAGAUAACUGAAGCACUAAAAUUGCAGAUGGAGGUUCAAAAGAGGCUACAGGAACAACUAGAGGUCCAGAGGCAGCUGCAGCUUAGAAUACAAGCCCAGGGCAAAUAUCUGAAGAAGAUCGUUGAGGAGCAACAGCGUCUUAGUUGUGUGCUGACUGGAGCAUCGGGGCUGGGUAACACAGCUACCACAUCUGGGAACCCCAAUCUAGACUCUGACAAGACUGACCCCCCAACCCCUGCUUCAACCUCUGAUAUCCCCAUCCAAGACAAGGGUACCAGCAAUCAUAGAGUCAACUGCAGGCUUGUCGAAAGUCUUACCCAUGAUGAAUUAUUCUCCUCUUCGAUGACCCCAAACUCCUGCUGUGCUGGCUCCCCUGACAGCCCAAAGAGCGAGCAACCGAUCAAGAAGCAGCAGGGAACAGGCAGCCUCGAAAAUGCAGGGUCGACGCAUGCUAAUCACAUUCUCGAGUCAAGCUCAGGCUGAGAUUUCCAAUGCACUUGUUCGAUGUACCCUAUUGAUGGUGGCUGCAUCGAUUAACAAGGCACUUCAAACUGUCAAACUGAUCAGCUCAUGAAUGAAUCUUCGCAACAGUGAUUGGUCUGAAAUUGCAUCAGGGAGUGAUGUAGAGUUGGAUUUAGGUAGUGCUAAUGCUUAGAAGAUGUCUUUUCUGGUUGCUAAUUUUUGCCAGAGAUUCUAUCAUGAUGGAAGAGUGUUUUAGUUGUGCUUGUUAUCUAGUGAGAUGCAUUCGUCCAUGAAUGUUGUACCCAUUAGGAGAGUUGUCUUCAUUUUUAUUCCAAAAUUUAAAAUGGGAAACUUUGAUAUGCA